CUAUAAAUAUAAAUUGUUAAAUACAACUUUCGAGAAUGCCUGGACAGGGCGUUAAUCAUAGCCGGAGACGGAACCGGUGAAGUUUCCCGGCGAGGCAUUGCGAACACGGCGGGCAAGCAAACAAGCGACCAAGCCAUCGAAGAUGACCAGCAGCCGCCGGAGCGGCAACAAGAACGGCCGAAAAGUCGUUGAGAGCAUCAAAAAUGAUUCGAGAUCGAAGGAAACGAAGAGGUUCCAGAAGCGAUUGGUGAGGUUCGAGGAGCUUCCGGAGUACCUGCGAGACAGCGAGUUCAUCCUCGAUUAUUACCGUUCCGAGUGGCCGGUGAAGGAUGCCUUGUGGAGCAUCUUCGCAUGGCACAAUGAAACCCUAAACAUCUGGACUCACUUAGGUGGAUUUCUGAUAUUUGCUGCUAUGGCCGUGAUGAGCACCACGGCGACGGCGAAGCUAGGCUUCGGCGAUUUGCUCAGAGUACCGGCGGCGUUUGGGUUGUUGACGACGGCGAAGGAGAUAAACCACUCUGACACUGUUGCAUUUCCGGAUUUGCAUUUGAGACACGUUCAGGAUCCAUCUAUCCUUCUCAACAUGAGAGAAUCUGGUGUAGAAAUAGUUCCUCGAUGGCCGUGGUUCGUUUUCUUAGCCGGGGGAAUGGGGUGCCUUGCUUGCAGUUCUCUAUCCCAUCUUCUAGCUUGCCACUCCGAAAGUUUCAGCCUCUUUUUCUGGCGUCUAGAUUACGCUGGAAUUUCACUUAUGAUUGUUUGUUCCUUUAUUGCUCCAAUUUACUAUGCUUUCUUAUGCAAUCCAUAUGCAAGAUUAUUCUAUUUGACAUCAAUAUCUGUGCUGGGAAUCCUAGCCAUUAUUACCCUUCUUGCACCAUCAUUUUCCUCGCCACGGUUCAGACCUCUCAGGGCCUCCUUGUUCCUCUGCAUGGGAUUUUCAGGCAUAAUUCCUGCAGCUCAUGCACUUGCCCUGCACUGGGGACAUCCACAUAUAAACAUUGCGGUUGGAUAUGAGCUUGCCAUGGCAGUCCUAUAUGCCACAGGAGCUGGAUUUUAUGUGUCUAGGAUACCAGAGCGAUGGAAGCCUGGAGCAUUUGAUCUUGCAGGGCAAAGCCAUCAGAUAUUUCAUGUUUUUGUUGUUCUUGGUGCACUUGCUCAUAGUGUUGCCACACUAGUUAUAUUGGAUUUUCGACUGGGAUCCCCAACUUGUUCAUUUUAGCAAAUCACAAUUAGGUUGUCUCCUGUUGUAUGAGUCAUAGUUCUAUCUUACAUAUCAGUAGAAAGGCUAGCUGGUUGGUUAACUUGUGAGAGAAACCACCCGUUCUUGUUGUAUCUUGUAUGUACGAUUAUUGUACCACUUCUUUCUCAAUAUUUAUUGUGCAUUGCAAUUGCAAAACGUUGGUAA